CAAGAACAAAGAUCACACAAAACUCGCUGCUGGUAUAAAAACGCUAACCAAUGUUAUAAUGAAGUUUAUUCAAGAACCAAAUAUAAAGCAAAACAGAUCGUUGAAGAGUAUAUUGAACAAUAGAGCUGCAUUAAUACUGUAGAAUACAGCAAUAACAAAGGUGAACAACAAAUAAAAAUUUUGCAGAAAGGAAAGCUCUUACUUCGCUCUUUGGUACAAAGCAUCAUCAUGACGAAAGCUUUAAACAGCAUUCUUACCAUUUUAUUAAUCACACUGCUAUCUUUCACAUAUUGCACCGGCUAUUCAGCGCUUGAAGACAAACGCAUCAUUGAAGAAUACAAACGUUACUUACGUACAACGAAUCAUGCACUAGUUGCUCGAAAAUUAGUGCAUCAGGCUGAUUGGGCAGCCGUGGGCAGUAUAUCGACUAAUGAAAAAAUCACCGAUUUUCCAAUGGUUAACAUAAUAUCAGUGGAUGACAGCGGCGAGAAUGGUGAAUCAACAGGUCACAUACGUUUUCUGCUUACUGAUUUGGAUUUUACCGGCCCCGAUUGGCAACACAAUAACAAAGUAACAUUCCUCUUUACCGAUGAUCAAAAUUUGAAUUGUAAGAAACGUGGAGAAGAUCCAAUGGAACCAACAUGUUCGCGUACCAUACUAAGUGGCAAGGUUAAACAGUUGGACAAAAAUGCAGCGGAGUACAAUGAUCUGGUAGCUACAUUUGCAAAACGUCAUCCGGCAGCGAAGAAAUGGAUUAAAGCACACAGCUUCUACUUAUGCGAGUUGGAAAUUGAGAAUAUUUUCGUACUGGACUUUUAUGGUGGCCCACACGAUAUUCCUGUAGCCGAUUACUACAAAGCAAAACUGAAAUUGUGAAAAAACUUCAAGGACUGAAACUAUGAAUAUACAUAUGUAUUUGGUGCUGAAAAAAUCUUAUUAAUAUAAAGAUCCAUUGUGAUUGUACGUAUACUACAAAUUCUUAUCGAUGAAAAUUUGUAUGAAUAUUUUUAUAAAUUGUUGGAGAAUAUGAUAUGCUGGGUGUUCUUAAAGUCGGUAUUUAACUUUUAUUAUACAAUUGUAACCUAGAUAUAUCUAUACGUAUUUUUUAUCUUUAAAGCCUUACAACAAAACCUUUUAAUAAAGUACAGAAAAAUAUGUAUUU